AUUUUGGCAUUAUUUUUUCUGUCAGAAUUUUAUUAUAAUCAAUUACAUAAAGCCGCGACAAGUUUCCUUGUUAAGAAAAUGAUAGAAAUUAUAUAUUAUUAACAAUUAUCAGAUACAAACUCCACAGCUUGGCACACCCCCCAGAUACCAGCUAGGUCAAUUACCAGAUACAACAUACAGUAUUUCCAAAUCCAAAACAACCCCCCUACAAAUCGCCGCCCUCUCAUUCCCAUCCCAUCCAUCUCUCAAUUCAUUUUUCUACGCCGUCCCCAUAUCUGAUAAAAAAGAAAAUGAAAAAAUUUGGACCCUUCUACUUCUGCUACAUGGUUGUGCUUCAGUCAACGACAACAUGGACAGCGAUGAAAUAUAUGACGCUGCUGGAGUUGUCAUUGGCGUCCUCGCCAUAAUCUUCCUCAUAGUCUUGAUCUCCUGCUGCAACCGAAGGCAAUCUCCCGUUGACCCGUCUGACCACAACGAAAGCUCUGCAACAAUCGAACAAGGCCUUGAUGAAGCCACCAUCUGCGGCUACCCGAAGCUACUUUACUCUGAGGCCAAGCUGCGAAUGGUUGGCUCUGUUUCAGCUCCUUCCUGUUGUUGCAUAUGCUUGGCAGACUUUGAAGACAAAGACGUCUUGCGAUCUGUCCCUAAUUGUGGCCAUUUCUUUCACCAAAUUUGUGUAGACAAAUGGCUGCAGCUUCAUCCCACUUGCCCAAUUUGCAGAAACUCGCCUCUGGAUCCAUCUGCAGUUUUGGUGACUUCUGUUGAGGUAGUUGAGGUAUAAAUGAUAGUCGAUUGUUGAUUAGAUGAUUUGGAGUUUUGGGUUGUAAUUUGUAAGCAUAUUUGUGAAUCAAGGCAGACAAACAAUUGACUUGCCCAUUAGUGGUGAUCAAAUCACGUCUCUUGUUCUUGUUGAUUCGACCCCAAUGUAAGAUUUGACGGAUAUUUCUUGAACUAGUGUGUGAUUAUUUUUCUUUUGGGAUUAGCAUUUAAAUUGAAAAUUUUUAUUUGAGGA